CUGGGUGAGGGAGCUUCCAGCUUCCACCAAGAAUGUGAAUUUUGCAAAGAUGGUAGGAUUCAAGCUAUGAGCUGUGCAGGAUACCUGUUUCUGUAUAGCACUGGCAGCAGAAUUAAACAUUUGCAAGUUCUUCAGCUCCUACAGUUCACUGGUAGCAUCCUAGCUUACCUUGUAAAAGAACAAUUGUUUUCUAUUCAUAUGGGAGACCACAAACUGUUUAAUCUGAAGCACAGGCAGACAGGACUGAAAUGUCAGAUUAGAAUGAGCCAAACACUUGGUGGGAACAUAGUAGCUGUAACACAAAUAUAUUUGAGUCCAAGCUUUGAUAUUUCUCCUUAUCCUUGUGGUUUGUUUGUUCUCAUAAUUUGCCUUGAAAAACUUUGAGAACAAGAUAUCUGAAACUGGUAUAAAUUAACUUUUGAAUUGUUUUGGACUCUUCAGCAAAUCUAAAAAUUCUCGGUGCUGUUGUGCAUAACAAAGUGUAAACAAUACAUUUUUUUGCUAAAUAUUAGGAGGUACUCAAGUCCUUGCAGUAGGUAGGGUAACAAAAUUCCUCUGGCUGGCUGUAGGGUGAGAAGACUCCCCAGAAAACAAGAGUGAAUGGUAUGUCUUAAGUAGGCUUAUGCCAUUGUUGUCCUGAGACUUGGCUGGAGCCACACCACUGUGCCUGGAGAGAAGGAACUAAUGGCAAGUAGCUAGAGAUGAGAUUUCUGCGAAAAAUGUUAUUAAAAUAGCCAUGGAGAGGGAAUGAAAAGAAAACAAGAUUGUUCACUCUGUCAAAUGGUAUUUAGUCAUGGGAACCUGAUGUCACACUGGCUGAAAGAACAAGGUUAGGAUACCCAGAAUGGCUGUUCAGGUGGCUGCUUAUUCAAGCAGGCAGCUUUCAGGUUAUCUGGGCUGCCACACAGCAAGGAACUCCUGGCCCUCUUCUAUUAAUGAAGCUUUUGUUGUUGUUGAUGAUGUUCUGCUUUGCCAUCUGUGUUAAAAGGAAUGGUUUUGCCUUGGUGUUUGUUUAGCACUGCCUAGUGAGUGACUAAAUACACAAAAUGCUGUUCUGCCAGCACCCCACAGUUACUGAAGCAUUCCUAAACAAUCCAGUAGCCCUUUCCAGGAGCUGGUCAGGUCAGGCUGGCUGCAGUGUAUAUGUCUUUGGAAGAAGUGCCUAGUGGGGGUCUUACUAGCCAGAAGAGAACUGUGGAUUGCCACAGCAGGGGAAGGAUUUUUCCUCAUGACCUUCCAAAUGCUAGGGGAGUUAAAAUGAAUCUUCCUUAGCUCCGUUUUUAGUUAGUGCGGCAGAAACUGCUAGGACAGGAUUCUGCACCACAGUAUUUCUGUUCUCCUGCCUUUGUUUUACAGCAUUUUUACAGCUCACUUGUUACAAACAGGAAAAUAUCUAGUUAAAAAAAGAAAGUGAUGAAGUGCAAAUACCUGACAUGCUCUGUUGUCUGUUCCCUGCUGCUGAGGACUGUGAUAAGUUGCUGUCUUGCUCUGUUGGCUGAAAGGGACUGGUGAUGUGGAAAUGGUGAUAAAACUUCCAGAUGUUUGGUAUGUUUUUAGACCUGUAAUACCUUAUUUUGCUUAAGCUUUAUUUCUUUUCUUGUGUACAUACAUGGCUCAAAGAAUGUGCAGUUGAUUCUUCCUUGCAUCCCCACUGCAUAUAUGUGUAGACAAAAGGAAGAGCUGAAGUUGCAUCCUUACUGUGAAAAUCCACAGAAAGCCCAUUCCACAAAUCAGCUUUUUACCAGGACACUUACACUACCAGGACAUCUAUAAUCAUCCAGACGCAGAGACUGCUUUGGUACUUCUAUCCUUUUUACUUUGAUAUCAUCUUACAAGCUCUAGAAUGAAGAUAGCUGUAAAUCAUCUGGAGAAUGGAAAAUAUCUGUUAAAAAUCCAAUGUGACAUGUUCAUCCUGGAUAGGAAUGUGCUUCUCAGUUAUACAACUAUCAUUCUGUAUUUUAACUGCAUUUACAAGACUUGUCUUGUUACCUUCUUGGGAGUUCACACUCGUAAGGUUAUUUGACACUCCCUCAGGUUAUAAAUUAUGGGCAUUUGCCUACUGAAGUGUGAUUUAUUGUUUUUAUAAAAAUGCCCAACCCUUACAUCCCAUGUUUAGCUGGAAAGAGGCUUCUUUGUGCACCAGACUUUAAAUUGUGAGCAGCCAUUUACUUACUGCUUUCGCUUCUUUGGAUCGUGUUGUUCAAGGAUCUCAGUUCACUCCUCUCACCAUGAAGAGUUUUGCUCUCCUUUUCCUAGUUGUGAUCUGUGGCAUGGGAGGACUGGGACAGAAGCUGAAGCCAAAGAAAAGAAGCAAUGGUGAAGAAAUCAAAUUUCGGACUAAAACCAAAGAUGUUUGCACAAUAACCAUGAGUGGCGACGACGAGGAGAUGAAACUUAGAAUUGAAUGCAAAAGCCAAGGCUUGUCCUACUGGUGUGAAUUCAAUGGCAAGCCAUCAGUCUGUCGUGCUUUCAGAAAUAAUCCAAAGAUUUACUGGAAUCAGAUCGCCGCAGAGCUCAGAAAGGUCCCGCACGCUUGCGAAUCCAUGGAAGUGUUGAAGACCACCAUGUGCCAAAAGGCUCCCCCAGAGGCUCUCAUGAGGCAGAUAGCUGCUGGUGUGGAGCCAGAAGAUCUAGCAGACCAGGAAAAAUCAGUCCGGAAAGCUUCCAUUCCUAUGGGAGAAGCAGGGCAAAACUCUGACCUGGCCCAACACGGUCAAGGGUCUGAAAAUGAAACAGAAGCAAUGAAACUGGCACGGGAACACUGCUGGGAAUCUCUGCAUGGUGUCUGCUCCUACAUCAUUGGCAUCCUUAGGGGUUAAGGAUUUGCUUCAGAACAAUGGUAUUACAGCUGAAGAACGGUCCUUGCUGCAUUGUAAUAAUUUAGUCAUAAGAAUUUUGGUUAAAAAUCAGUAAUGUCUAUAAAUAUUUUAGCUGUUUCCUUUUUAAAGAAAAAAUGAAACUCUUUAACAGCUCUGAAAAAUUCUCAAGACUGGAAUGACUGUGCUUAAAGUGUUAGGAUGAACUAACUGCCCUUGGGCUUGCUAGACACCAAGGUGUACUGCAUUUAUGUAACCUAGGAUCUGCUUGACCCUGAAUAGGUUUUUGUGUGUACUGGCUUGCUUCAGUUUGUUAGAGAUAAAAGCUGUUAAUGAUGAUACAGUUAGUGCAAACAAUAAAAAUAAGAUUUUUU